AUGGACCGUUUACCAAUCAACUCACAGCGUGUGGUGAAACUAAGCGCCAAGAAGCGGCGUCCCCCAUUAGCCUGUAUCCAGUGCUAUCAGCGAAACGCCGACAGGUGCACCUACCGUACCAAUCCAGCAAUAUCUUCUUCGGUGGAUGGAAUGCGCAGCGAGGACCAUUCUGGGAGCGCUAGUGCCAUGGCAACGUCCUCGCGUACACCCAUCCCGUUGUCAGAGACUCCGGAAAGACAUCGGGCCCCUUCCGACCGAAAUGGGAAAAUGACCCACUUGAGAGGACAAGAGGCCAUCACCAGGUUCUAUGGGUAUAGCUAUCCUCUGAACUUUUACCAACAGUUUACCGAGCUUCCAUCCUACAUCAUCGAAAUCAAAACCAAAAAUCCAGCAAUUAACACACUUCGUGACGAAAUUUAUCCUCUGGCCAAUGAUGAAUAUCGGCUUCGUCCGUUGGCACAUGACACGGUGCUCGGAGACACGUUGAGACAACUGAUUCCCACAAAGCCGGUCGCAGACACAUUGGUCCAGACUUAUAUUGACAGAUUUGAGAUCAUACACCGAGUGCUCAAUAUAUCGGCUUUCAUAGCUGAUUACAAUCGCCACUGGGCCAGUCCACUUUCCACGCCCGCUUCCUUUUUGGUGCAAUUCCUUUUGGUAGCAGCAACCGCUGCGAGUUUUCACCCCGAAAUAUGCAUCAACGUUAUGAGCCAACAAACCGUCCAUGGCCAUGCACUUGAUUGGAUUGAGGCUGCGGAGUCGUGGCUCAAUUCCUCGACUAAUCAGCCUCCUCAAUCCUGGGAUACCUUAGCGACUCAUUGUCUCUUGCUCAUUGCGAAGCGUGCAAACCAUAUUCAAGAGAGCUCCUUCUGGACAUACACUGGGGCACUGGUGCGGUGGGCUAUGGCAGCAGGAUAUCACCGUGAAUCUGGCUCGACCGCGAGAAUAUCACCCUACUUCCGGGAGAUGCGUCGACGUCUAUGGAUGACGAUCGUGGAACUCGAUCUUCAGGCCUCGGUGGAACGGGGUAUGCCCCCAAGCGUCGGAAGAGAAGAUUUUAACAUAAUAUCACCGCUGAAUAUCGACGAUUCCAAGCUACAGGAGUCGGGCCAAGAUCCCCUGAAAGGUAUGCCGCUCGCUACAUUGACAGACACGUCUUUCCAGGCGCUUCUGUACCGUUCUUUGCCUGUAAGAUUGAGAAUAUGUGCGUUUGUCAAUGGAUGUUGCGAAGAAGAUGAUUUUGACCAGGUCUUGCACCUUGGAGAGGAGCUAGAAGAAGCACUCCAGGAUAUUCCUGAAUGGAACAACCCCCAAGACAAUCCGCGACAGCAGCAGACCACCAUGUACGUGAAGAGAUCACUGAGCAUUUACCUGCACCAGUAUACGCUCUUGUUGCAUAUUCGGUUUGCAAUCCAAACUCCGCCUUCAUUCAAAUCUACCAUCUGCCAACGUGCAAGGUUAGAGGCAUCCUUGAAGAUCCUUGACCAUCAUCAAAGGCUUAUACAUGAUGAAAAUGUACCGGAGCAAGCUUGCAGGACCGGAUUGGUACUUGCUGCCCUGAAUAUCUGCCACGAAAUUUACACAAACUUUGGACCUCAUGGUAAGCAAAAUCACAAUCUCGCUUCUCCACUUCUAUUGUUGUGCGCGCUAAAGAAGGAUCCACAACUAAUUACUGGAAAGCUCUAA